CAAUGGCAAGAACCAAGCAGACGGCACGUAAGUCCACUGGCGGCAAAGCGCCCAGGAAGCAGCUGGCUACCAAAGCGGCACGUAAAAGUGCUCCGGCUACAGGCGGCGUCAAGAAGCCUCAUCGCUACCGGCCCGGAACCGUAGCUCUGCGAGAGAUCCGGCGUUAUCAGAAGUCCACUGAGCUGCUGAUCCGCAAGCUGCCCUUCCAGCGUCUGGUGAGGGAAAUCGCUCAGGAUUUCAAGACCGACCUGCGCUUCCAGAGCUCGGCUGUUAUGGCGCUGCAGGAGGCAAGCGAGGCGUAUCUGGUCGGUCUGUUUGAGGACACCAACCUGUGCGCCAUUCACGCCAAGCGAGUGACCAUCAUGCCUAAAGAUAUUCAGCUGGCUCGCCGUAUCCGUGGUGAACGUGCUUAAAUUGGCUUUCAUUGACUCCUGCUCUCCCGCCCGCAUAAGUCUGCGGAGAGAAACCAAAGGCUCUUUUCAGAGCCACUUCAAUAUUCUUUAAAAAAAGCAAAUAUCUCUAGUACAGUUUUAGUCUCUGUUCUUUACCACGGAGCCAGCAAGUAAGUGAAUUUAAACCCGAAUGGCGUACUUUGUUUCA